AAUAUUUUUUACUUUAGUUUUUCUUACAAGGCUAAGAAAAUCACAAGGCACAUGUCAGUGAAUCAGCAACAUCUAGAUCCAGAUAGUACUACAGAUGUGGAAGAUGUUACAGAUGCUGAAGAAGAACUUAUUAAAAAAUGUGAAGAAAUGUGGAAAGAUAUGGAAGAAUGUCAGAACAAAUUAUCGCUUGUUGGAACUGAGACACUCACUGAUUCAAAUGCUCAGCUGUCAUUAUUAAUUAUGCAAGUGAAAUGUUUGACUGCUGAACUCAGUCAAUGGCAGAAAGAAACUCCUGAAAUGAUUCCACUGAAUGAAGAAGUUCUGGUAACAUUAGGAAAAGAAGAGUUCCAAAAAUUGAGACAUGAUCUUGAAUUGGCACUAUCUACUAUUCAGUCAAAGAAUGAAAAGUUAAAGGAAGACUUAGAAAGGGAGCAAAAAUGGUUGGAUGAACAGCAACAGAUAUUGGAAUCUCUUAAUGUACUACACAAUGAUUUGAAACAGCAGGUUGUGACAUUUUCUGAAUCAAGACUCUUUAAUGAGCUGAAAACGAAAAUGCGUGAUAUAAAAGAAUAUAAGGAGAAACUCUUGGUUACCUUGGGUGAGUUUCUAGAAGACCAUUUUCCUCUGCCUGAUAGAAAUGUUAAAAAGAAAAAGAAAAACAUUCAAGAAUCAACUGCACAGCUGAUAACACUGCAUGAAAUGUUAGAGAUUCUUUUAAAUAGAUUAUUUGAUGUUCCACAUGACCCAUAUGUCAAAAUUAGUGAUUCUUUUUGGCCACCUUAUAUUGAGCUGCUUCUGCGUAAUGGAAUUGCCUUGAGACAUCCAGAAGAUCCAACCCGAAUAAGAUUAGAAGCCUUCCAUCAGUAA